AUGAUUGAGACAAUCAGACUUUUGUACCUGUUGGUGUUGUUUUCGUUGGUUUCAGGUAAUGAUGGGACGUUGAAUGUGACCGCUCUCUACCGGCAAGUCAACUGCACUGAUCCACAGUCUAUGCUCGUAGCUUCACAGAAGUGUCUUGAUGCGUACAAUAUCCCCCUCAAAGUGGCUUCCAUUCAGGAACUUGUCAACUCGUCAGAUGCUUCGUAUAUAUCGAAUGUAAUAACCCCGGCAUAUUUAGCUGAUAUGUGUAGGAAUCCUGACACUUACCAGAAAGCGCGAGUGUGUGUGAACAACAUACUCUCUAAAUGUAUUAACCAGACCCAGAUGCUACCUUCAGAGCUGAAUAAGAAGUGGCAAGACAAUCUCUGCGCCAACUUGGGCAAAUUCAACAUAACCUGCAUGUUUGAAAUGACGUCCAAACUAGCGGAUUGCAGCUCUACCUUCAGCUACUUAACAACCAGCGAUUAUAUUAACCUCAACAUUACAGAUAUUGACCACAAGACAACUUGUAUGUCAGAAAAGCUGUCAUCAGUCUGUGGCAACAAGUACCUCUCAACCUGUGGCGAGGCCACGCGCCAUAUGUACGAAAUGGUCUCUCCAAACAACACAGAAUGCCUAACACCCAACAGCUUAGACACACCCACCGUGGACUGUUCCACCACUCAAAACAUACGAAGGAGCUACCAUCAAUGCUUAAUCUACAACAAGGUACUGCUCCAGUUCCCGGAAAACCUAACCAGUGAAGACACUAGCCAGCACAUUAUGAACGCUAUGACGAUGGAUGAUAAUCUGUGCAGUAAUCUGAAGGCCUACCAGCAGGCAGUGAACUGUACUCUGCAGGUACAGAAGCAAUGCAGUGAUGACGUGAUGAAGCCCACAGUAGCCGACUCCCAGACAGUGCAGGACGGCUUUGCUAAACUCUGUGGUCAUAUUGGGGAUUUCGACACCAAAUGCGUUCAGAAUGCACCCAAAGGAACUUGCCGCAGUAGACGCCCCGCUUUGGAUUCGAAACAUCUGUGCGCCGCCACUAGUGCCACCCAGAACUGUCUGGUGUUAGCGGUGAGCAGCUGCAGCAAGACGACCGUCAGCAUGUUCAAGGACGUCCUACUUAGCCAAUCCCCGUCUAUGUGUCUAAAACAGGCCACCGGGUUACCAUUGAUUGGCUAAUCUACAUCGUCACACAGUCGCGAUUGUAUUGCUGUUGAGUGACAAUAAAUACAUCCAAGUAAACACAUGAAA